AUGUUCACAAACCUCCUUCUCGCUCUCGUCACCGCCGUUCCGGCCCUCGCCGACAACCAAAUUAAGCCAAAGAACACCGAUUCCGACCUCUGCAUCGAUAACACCAACGGGGUUCUGAUCGAUGGUAACCCUCUGCAGGUCUGGACCUGCUACCGCGGCAACACAAACCAAGGCUGGGCCUUCAACCAGGACCCUGCCGCUCCCACCCAGUUUAAGAUGGGCACAACUGGGAGAUGCAUCGGUGUCGCUUGGCCUACGAGCGGAAAUCUCUUGGAUGCCCCCGUCGUGCUGGCCCCCUGCACUGGACCCGGGUACAGGACCUGGUUCUACCGUACUGGUGACUACAUGUGUAUCCUUGGCACGAACUACUGCGUCCAGCUCGAUGAGGAGUGCCCCGACGACGGCACCAACCUCAAGAUCGCUCUCAAGACGACCCCGCCUGCGCUCCAAUUCUUCGACUACACAACUCCCGCCAACUGA